AUGGAUUGGGUUGCAGAACUCAACGCCAGAAUUGAUAUCCAAGACGCAAAGUAUAUCUCAAUGGUGUUUAACACAUCCAGACAAUGGCCUGCUGAUAUAGACUGCUCAGUAAUAAAUGAAGUCAAACAACCGUUCAGCGCUCUUCUCAAACUGCACCACGCUAUUCAUGUUGAGAAAGCAUAUGGACUACUUGAACAGCUUAGUAAUGGAACAAUAAAGCACCUUGGAAAAGAGCAUUGGGCUUCUUGUAUAUCAAAGACGAUAUUCUAUGGAAUAUUCCAACUGAGAGUACCUGCAGGUAUCAGGAAGAUCAGUAGAUUGCUAUACAUCUCGCACAAGGCUCUGUUGCAGGAUUGUAGCAGUACAUUUUUUUACAUCACAAACAUGCUUCUUGAAACAUACAGAGAUACAGGAGAGCUUGAGCUUGCUGAAGACGUGUUUAGAAACAUCAAUCCACCAGUCAGGAAAACCAGAGAAUACUUUACGUUUUACUUCUAUAAAGGAGUGUUUGCACUAUACUCAGAAAUGUUUGAAGAAGCAUAUACGCUGUUUCAGAUAGCAUUUGCAUAUAGAAGAGGGCAAAAGACAAUUGCACCAUUUUAUUUUGUAUCAUCCUUACUCACUAGCAGAUUCCCUAAGUACAAGUACCUCCAAAGGUUUGACUGUUUAUAUCUGCUUGAGUUGGCGUGCUCAAUAAAAAAAGGUGCAUAUUCCAGCAUAAACAGUGGUAUUGAUUUAGCAUUUGCUAACAUCCAGGAUUAUACCAUUUACAGAGUGCUCACAAUACACUGUCCGCUUAUAUGUCUGUCUAACCUAAUGCAUCAAGCAUACAUGGAUCAUGGAAGCGACAAUAAGCUUGAGAUACAGUGGAUUGCAAAUGCAAUUGGAGACUCUGAUCUCAAGGAAACGAUAUGCUUGAUAAGCAAUCUAAUAAGUUUGGGACGGAUCAAAGGAUACAUAUCAAUUGCCAAGAUGGUAGUGGUGCUAAGCAGAAUAGACCCGUUUCCCUCUUCAGUCCACUAA